AUGUCCAAGGUAGUGAGGAGUGUCAAAAAUGUCACCAAGGGCUAUAGCAGUGUUCAAGUCAAAGUCCGAAAUGCUACCUCGAAUGAUCCAUGGGGUCCGACUGGCACGGAUAUGGCGGAAAUCGCUGCCCUGACCUUCAACAACCCCAGCGACUUUUAUGAGAUCAUGGAUAUGCUCGAUAAGCGUUUGAAUGACAAAGGCAAGAACUGGCGCCACGUCUUGAAAUCACUCAAAGUCCUCGAUUACUGUCUGCACGAAGGCUCGGAGCUGGUUGUAACUUGGGCAAGAAAAAACAUCUAUAUCAUCAAGACCUUGCGAGAAUUCCAGUAUGUCGACGAAGACGGACGCGAUGUUGGCCAGAACGUUCGUGUCUCCGCCAAAGAGCUCACCUCCCUCAUUCUGGACGAGGAUCGCUUGCGAAGCGAAAGAUCAGAUCGGAAACUUUGGAAGACACGCGUUUCGGGUAUUGACGAGUACGCGCCACAAGCCAUCGCUGGUCCAUCAGUAAACAACAAGCCACCAAGACGAAAUUCAGCCCGAGUUGACGACAACGACGCAGAAUUCCGCCUUGCCUUAGAAGCAAGCAAGUACGAAGAGGAUGAACGCAAGAAGCGCGAGAGUCAGAGAUUGCCAACUGGGCGCGAUGAAGACGACGAUCUCGCCAAAGCCAUUAAGCUUAGCAAAGAAGAGGAAGAGCUUAGACGACGCGAGUUGGAAAACCAGAACGCUGCCUCUUUGUUCGAUGACACACCUGGCCCAAGCCAGCCACAACCCACAGGAUACAACCAGGGGUACCAGCAACAGCCAGCUGUAGACUGGUUUGGUAAUCCAUUACCGCAGCAGCAGCCUCAAUCCACCGGCUUCCUGAACAAUCAGUAUGCUCAACCUACAGGCUAUCAGAACGGAUACGGCGGGUUCCAGCAGCAACCGACCGGCUUCCCUCAGAACAUGACUGGCUUCGAGCAGACAAAUAGUCAGCCGUUCUUGCAGCAACAGAACACUCUCCAGCCUCAACAAACUGCUUUCCAGAACAACAACCCUUAUGGUCAGCCAAGCUCUGACAUCUUUGGCAUGCAGUCGCCUCAGUCACAGCAAUCUACAUUGCAGGCAGGGUCGAACAAUCCUUGGGCGGCUCCCUCGAACCAAGCAGAUUCACUCAAACCGAUGCCGACCGGCUCAAACAACCCUUUCGCACAAAAAACUCAACAAACACAAUCUCCGUUCCAAAGACAACCCCCCCAACCAUCGCUGGGCACGCUUUUCGAAUCACAGCCUGCCACAACCUUUGCUCAACCAACGCAGCCAAAUCCUAUCUCAAACUUUCAAGCACCACCGCAGCCAGUCCAGCAAUCAAGGCAGGAGAUGGACCCGAACAGGGCAAGACUCAAUGCACUUCUCGCAUCUGGUGAGGGCCAGGAUACUUUCGGCAACACUGGUGAGAUGAGGAUACCAGCCCAGCAUACUGCACCUGGCACUUUCGUCAAUUCUGCUGGUCAAGGCAUGGAUCGUCUGCGCGCUGCACAAACAGGCACCAAUCCUUUCUUCUCAGCACAAGCUACUGGUUUUGCUCAGAACCAAAGUGGAUUCGGCCAGCAGGUGCCGGCUCAAACAGGUCCUGCUGGUGGUUAUGGCGGUGGGUUUGGACAGCAAAACAAUCCAUUCGGUUCCAGGCCGCAACAGCAGAGCAAUAGUCUGAUUGAUUUGUAA